CCGUGUGUUGGGACACGUUCUCUCCGCCUCUCUGUCCUUGAGCUCCUUCUCCUCUGUCUCACUCUGGUUUUCUGUGAAUAUUUUGUGCAGACGGGAGGAUCCGACGGAAGCAUCAGAAAGGAGAAACUCGAGGAUCUUCAGAAGCAACUCGAACGUUACAAGAAGGAACUGGAGCAGGCGCAGGAUGAACUUGCUGCAGAGCAAAUGGCCAGAGAGGUGGCAGAGUCCCGUCUGCGCCUUCAGGAAGAUCAGUUGGCUCAUCUUCAGGAAGAGCUGAGGCGGGUUUCAGAGAACCUGCCCCAGUCGGACUCAUUCCAGUCGGACGUGACGGACCUGCAGGCCCAGUUGGCCGAAGCCACCGUGUUAUACCAGCGGCAGGAGGAGGUGCUCCACCAGCGGGAGCGAGAGCUGACGGCGCUGAAGGGGGCGCUGAAGGAGGAGGUGGAGUGCCACGACAAAGAGAUGGAGGCGCUGAGGGAGCAGUUCAGCCAGGACAUGAAGAACCUCCGGAAAACCAUGGAGGAGUUCACGCAGUCGCAGGAGCAGAUCGAGGAGGAGCGCGAGAAGGUGAACGCCUCCCUGUUGACGCUGGAGGAGGAGCUGGAGAGCAGCAGGGAGCAGGGGGAGCAGUGGAGGACGGAGCUGGAGGCCGCCACGCAGAAACUGCACAGCACCAGAGAGGAACUAAAAAAGUCUCGUUUGGAGAAGGAAAAAGUUGAGGCCUCCCUGAAGGACCUUCAGAACAAAAAGCCUGUGUCUGACGAUGCAAACGUUUUAAAAGAGGAGCUCCGGCGUUGCCAUGACGAUCUAAAGCGUACCCGCGCCGAUCUGGAGAGACAAAGGGGCGAGGCGGAGGAGAAAGCCGGGGCACUCGAAGCCCUGAAGAAGGCAAGCGGAGAGAAGGAGGCCGAGCUUCUGUCGGAGAUUAGCAAGCUGAAGGAGCAAUUUCUGAAAGACAAGGGCGAGCUGGAAAAGGCCCUCGAGAUGGCGAAGGAGUCAUCUAUUGCAUCAGCAGGGAAGACUGUGGUGGACGGCGGCACCAACGAGGAGCUGCAGCAGGAAAACAUUCGCCUCACAGACAGGCUGGCCCGCAUGCAAUCAAGGCUUCAAUCCAGCGUGCCGCGCAGCUCGGAUGCUGAGGAGGAGCUGGAAGCCCUGGAAGACGAGAACCACUCCCUGAAGACUCAGCUGGAGGAGGCCAAGAGAGGCGCCACCCGGCUGAGCAAAGAGCGGGACGACCUCACCCGGCGGCUGGAGGAACGAGACCUGGAGAGGGAGGCGCUACGACGGGGCAAAAGCGACCUGGAGGAGCAGAAACGGCUGCUGGACCGAUCUCUUGAGAAGAUUAACAAGGAGAUGGAGUUGAUGAUGGGAGAUUCUCGUCAGUCGGUGGCCACCCUGCAGACGCAGCUGGAUGAAUUCAGGGAGCGAUCGAGGAAAGACCUGCUGGAGGCGCAGCGAAACAGCAAAGACCGGCUGGCUGAGCUUCAAAGGGCUCAGAAUAACCUGAAGGCCCAGCAGGAAGAGGUUUCUCGUCUUAAGAAGGAGCUGUUGACCUGCAGCGAGGAGAGAGACAGCGCUCAGCUGGAGAGAGAUCUCCUGAACAACCGGCUGAAACACUUGGAGAAUGAGCUGGAAUCUGAGAAGAGCUCCCACUCAGACCGAGGCCGGGAGAUCCGGGGCCUGGAGGAUAAAAUCAAGACGCUGGAGAUCGAGCUGGAUGAGGAGAAGAGCGGCGUGGAGCUGCUGAACGAUCGCAUAACCAGGAGCAGAGAUCAGGUGGACCAGCUUCGCUCGGAGCUGAUGCAGGAGCGCUCAGAGCGACAUGACCUGGAGAUGGACAAGAGCGCCCUGGAAAGACAGGUAAAGGAGCUCAAGUCCCGCCUGGCUGACAUGGAGGGUCAGAGCCGACCCACAGCUGGAAUCACGCUGCUGGAGAACAAGAUCCAGGAGCUGGAGGAGAGACUCCGCAGUGAAGAACGGGAGAAGACGAGCAUCCAGGCGUCCCAGAGACGAGCGGAGAGGAAACUGAAGGAGCUGAACGCCACAUUGGACCAGGAGAGAAGCCAGCAUAUCGAGCAGAGGGAUCAGCUGACCCUCCGUGUUAAGGCCCUGAAGCGUCAGCUGGACGAGAGCGAGGGAGAGGUGGAGCGCUUGGAGGGAGUCCGCCGUAAAGUCCUCAGAGACCUGGAGGAGCAGCAGGAGCUCCAGGAGGCUCUCCAGGCCAAAGUUGCGGCGCUGGAGAACGACCUGAAGCGAAAGUCGCAGCAGACUCAUCGCACGGCUCUGACAUCAUCCGUGUUGAGCUCCGACGAGGAGGACGGCCUUCCAUCUUGAGACGACCACAAAUAAUAAAUUUUAAGAAAAGGAAGAGAGAUUAAAGAAAUCUCACCUGUGAAAAACCUGACUUUUAUUAUUUUAUCACUCUGCUGUGUUUAUGAUUCCUUCAGAAAUGUUGUCUUUUAUCUGUGUUGGUUUCUAAAGAUUAACGGCAUGUUUUUAAAAGUUUGACUGUCCUGUGUGUUUGUUAUAAUUGCAGCGACAGCACAUUGCUGCAACAUAUUCGGGUCAGUUUUACUUCUCAACCAAAAAGAGACCUGUAUGUUUUAUGUAUGAACGUUUCCUUGCAUGAUAACUUAUAUCCUUCAGUUGCAGCUUCCUGCAUGUCUUUGUGUUUAAAAUGAACUUUUUUUUGUUUGUUUGUUUGUUUGUUUUUUACGGUUUUGACUGUGACAGUUUGGGGCCAAUAUUCGGAGCCUGUGUUUUUACACUGUUACCUGUUCCUAAAGACAAUCAGUAGCAAAUAAACUUCUGCAUGUAUCAGAUUUUAUAACUUUCAACCACAAAAUUAAAUAUUAAAAAACUUAACACACACUCA